CCGUUUCAGUAUUUAGUUUUAUUAUUGGUUCAGAACGCCGAAAUUUCGCAUAUAAGAAUUUUAUUUUGAUAAAGAAAUAUGCAAUAUAUUUAUUUAAAAUGCGUUUUUUUAGUGCUGUUUAUAUUUGGAGCACUUAUAGCUGGAAGCGCAGUCAGCAGCAAUGAAUACUUAAAACGAGAACAUUCUUUGAUAAGACCUUUUCAGGGUGUUGGAGUAAAUAUACAGUAUUGGGAUUUUUUAGGGCAUACGAUGAUUACAAAUAACUAUAUAAGACUGACACCUGAUCUCCAAUCAAAGAGCGGUGCUUUAUGGAACUAUUCCCCUGUUUUAAGUAGAAACUGGGAAGUACAAGUCACAUUUAGGGUACAUGGCAAAGGGACAGAAUUAUUUGGUGAUGGCUUAGCGAUAUGGUAUGCUAAAGAACGUAUGCAACCGGGACCUGUCUUUGGUAGUAAGGACCAUUUCUUGGGUUUAGUCGUAAUAUUAGAUACAUAUAGCAAUCAUAACGGCCCUCAUAAUCAUCAGCAUCCAUACUUAAGCGCAAUGGUAAAUAAUGGCACGUGGUCAUACGAUCAUGACCGUGAUGGUACACAUACACAAUUAUGCGAAGGUUGCGAAGUGCGUUUCCGUAAUGUGGAUUUUGAUACUCAUGUUAGUAUACGAUAUGAGAAUGACAUUCUUUCUGUUGCUACUGAUUUGGAAAAUAAAGGCGAAUGGAAAAGUUGUUUUGUUGUUAAUGGUGUAGAGUUACCUACUGGUUACUACUUCGGUAUGUCAGCAACAACGGGCGAUUUGAGUGAUAACCAUGAUAUACUUGCAUUUAGGUUUUACGACUUAGAUUCAAACGUCACUCCCGACGAUAUUUUAGCGCGAAGCAAAAUAAUACCAAAUGCCAAAAGUUAUGAACCACCACGUGCUCAUAAGGACGACCCUAAACCAAGCAUGUCAAACGCAAAAAUCUUCUUUAUUCUUUUGUUCGGUAUGCUUAUUGUUAUUGCUGUAGCUAUAUUUGCAAUAUCUUACUUUAAAGAGAAAAAUAAUAGAAAACGUUUUUAUUAAAUACGCGGAUACAUUAAUAUAUAUGUAUAUAUA